AUGGGAGAUGAAGUGGAUCGCAGAUUAAAUGCGGCUUUAGAUGAAGCUGUCGAUGAAUAUUUGGAAGAUACAUACAACGACAUCGUAAAGAAGCAAAAAAAGAAAGAGAGAAAACGUGCAUAUGUCGAAAGAAACCGCGAAGAGGGCCAUACCCGUCUAUGGAAUGACUACUUCAGUGAAAAUCCAACAUUUCCGCCUCAUUUAUUCAGACGCCGUUUCCGCAUGAACAAGGACGUUUUCAUGCGUAUUGUCGAUCGUCUCUCAGAAAAUUAUCCUUUCUUCCAACAAAGAAGAGAUGCUGUCGGAAGAUUAGGUCUAUCUCCACUACAAAAGUGUACGGCAGCUCUUCGUAUGCUUGCUUAUGGCUGUGCGGCUGACGCCGUUGACGAAUACCUCAGAUUUGGUGAAAGCACGGCACUUUCAUGUUUAACGAAUUUCACAGAAGGGGUAAUUAAUUUAUUUGGAGAAGAGUAUAUGCGAAGACCCACUCCAGAGGAUCUUCAACGACUGCUCGAUAUUGGAGAGAUUCGCGGCUUUCCGGGAAUGAUAGGAAGCAUCGAUUGUACCUUAAACGAUAUUAACGUCCUCGAUCGAUCUCCUGUUUUUGAUGACAUUUUACAAGGUCGAGCUCCAAGGGUACAAUACCUGGUAAACGGGCACCAAUAUGGUUUGCCUUACUACCUCACAGACGGCAUAUAUCCAAGAUGGUCAACAUUUAUCCAAUCUAUCUCAAACCCUCAAAGUCCUGAAGCACAGUUAUUUGCUAAAGUUCAGGAGUCCACCCGAAAAGAUGUGGAGCGUGCUUUCGGAGUAUUGCAAGCUCGAUUUGCAAUAGUUAAAAACCCGACUAUUUUGUGGGACAAGACCCAAAUAGGGAUGGUUAUGCGAACAUGUAUCAUACUGCACAAUAUGAUAGUGGAAAAUGAACGCAAUGGAUACAGCGGGUGUGAUAUAUCAGAGUUUGAAGAAGGAGACUCGAGUAGAAGUUCAGAGGUGGAUAUGUCAUAUACUCGCAGGCCUUCAAAUCUCCGAACUAUGCUUGAAAUACGUACUCAAGUUCGUGACCCACAUACGCAUGAACAAUUGAAAUUUGAUUUGAUCCAAAAUAUUUGA